UGUUCUUCUGUUUUAUUUAUUUUUUGUGUUGCCCUAUUGAAAAAUAUUUUAAUAAAUAUUUUAAAUUAAUUAAAAAGUUUAACUAUUUAUUUAUUCAAUUACAAAACGAUCUUUAAAUUCAUUGUUGUGUAUUUUGUGAACAAUUUUCUUAAGUUUGACGAUGCCUCUGAUGUCUGGAACAAUGUCAUUGGCAAUUGAAUAAUGGAUCUUGCAGAUCAAAUCGAUGACUAUAUCUGUUCGUUCGAGGGACUUGGUGACUUAACAAUGGACUCCCUAGCCAUGUUCAUAUUCUUGUGGGCCGUUUUGGCCCUCUUCUCCGUUUGGCUGUGCAAGCUCCUCUACCACAAGUAUCUCAACAAGGGUGCCAAUGCACCAGUCAGCGCCAGCAACAGUCGCCAGAGCAGCGUGGCACCAACAACCGCUGGCGGUGCCAAGACCGAGAAGCGACUCUCCGAGCCUCGCGAACUGAUGGCCACCAAGAGCAAAAUCGACGAUCUAUCCAAACCUCUAACGGGCGGUGCUUCAGGGGGUCGUGGACGGUCUAGUGCCUCGCCCAUGGGCGGUGGAAGCGGAGGAUCUGUGGGUGGACCACGUCGUCGCAUGGUCCGCCAGAGUUCCACGGGACCUGAGAAUCGCAAGAAGCGCUAUGUGCCACCGCCCUCGAAUGUGGUGGGACCCGAAACGAGCUCCGUCACGUGGACAAGUCAAGUGUUCCGUUGGCUGUACAGCGAUCUGGUUAUUGUCAACGAGCUGCUCAUGUCCUGGGUGAUUGCUAUCAAUGAUACACUGCGCAAAUCCGUCGAGGAGCAUGGUGUGGCAGUUGAAGUGGUCCGAGUGCUGCCCGACAGUCCAGCGCCGGGGCUGAACAACAUUUUCUGCAACUGCGAGGAACAGAAUCCAGCUGAAAUGCUCAUCACCUUUGACUGUGACGCGAUGCCAGUGCUGCAGGUGAAGACCUUCAGACAAAAGUCGGGCAAGGUGGAGACAUCGCACUAUAAGGUCACCGUGUCGCGAUUCCGAGCACGCAUGUCCAUACCCAUGAACUACAACACCCUCAAGGGUGAGAUGCGUGUUGAUGGCUAUCCGGACGUGCGCAUUGCCAUGAACUCGGUGGGCGCCAUCAAGGCCAUGGAUCAGGAUGAGCAACAGCUGCAGACAGUUAUCAGCGACAUAUUGACGACGGCACUGCGUGACACCGUCUACCCAGUGGAUUUCUCCAUCUACUCCACCUGUCCGCGUGCCGAAGUGGAGCCAUUGGAGCUACCUGUAAUCUAUCCCGUCCAUUAUGAUUCGCUGGCGCACAAUAUGGAGCAUCUGGGAUCGGGCAUCUUGCGGGACUCACAGCACAUGGUCUCCGGUCGUCGCCUGCUGGUGAAGAUUGUCAAGGGCGAGGGGCUGCGCGAUGCCCACGAUCCCUAUGUGGUCAUCGAGAUGGAUGAGCCGGCCCAAAAGAACCAAACGGGCACACAGCAUGGCAGCAAACCCUACUGGGAUGAGCACUUCCUCUUUGAACUCUCCCCGCAAUCUGCCGAGAUACUCUUUGAAGUCUACGACCGUCCAGUGAUUGCUUCGGAUCCGCCAAAGUUCCUGGGUCUCGGCCUCGUUGGCAUCGAUGAGCUGGCCGUUGGUCCAGCCUCGACGCAGUUGCUCCAGCUGCAGCCGCGUCCCUACGAGACCCAGCCCGUGGCUGGCGCCAUCACCGUGGACUUUGUGUUCAUCGAGGGCGCUGAGAUCCCCGCGGGCGCUCGUCCCAACCGCCUAAAGGAGGCACUGCGUCUCAGCACGCCCGCCAUCAACGAGCACAUCCGCAAUGGCGCUGAUCUUGCCGAUGCUGCUGUGCGUGCCCUCCAAGAUGGCGCUCUCUCCGGCACCAGCGGUGGGCAGCCGAGCAAGAGCACGUUGAUUAUCCACAGCGUGCAGCGAAACUCGAGCAAUCCCAACGCAUACAAGGUCGAGCUGAAUAAGGAUGGUCGCAUCGAGGUGACCGAAACACCGACAGCUCUUGACCAGGCCGUUGCCGAGGCCUUUGAGCGUGCCGCCAAGGCCAGCGAAGUGUCCGCUUCGGCCUCGAAUGUUGAGGCCAUCGAUCAGGCCGGCGAUCAGGUUGACAGUGGCCUGGUCAACGAGUCCGCCAAUGCCAACGAAACAGGUAACCCCAUCAACGAGGAGAGCACCGCCGAGUUUGGCCUGCCUAAUGCCGCCUCGUCACCCAAUGGCAGUGGCUAUCACAAUAACUACAGCCUCAAUGGCAGCAGCAAUCUCACCGGCCAACCCAAUGGCAGCGGCUCCGGCUACAACUCGAAUAGUCUGUCCCGGAAUGGUGCGUCCCUCUCCUAUGCUGCCGGACAGCAGCAGCAGCAGCAGCAGUUGCCAGGAGCCGAUCUGGAUGAUCGCGGUCGGAGCAAAAAACGUAAUUUCUUUGGCACCCUCAAGAAGCGGCUAAGUCGCUCCAAAACACGAACCCUUUCGGCCGAUCAGCCCAAUAACAACCAUAAAUCAGUCACAAAUUCCGCCAAUACAACUACAACAACAGCCACUGGAAUAACAAGAACAACCACCGGACCCCUCAAUGAAUCUUCGGCCAUCUCAGGUUUCUCCUCGGCCAGCAACAAAACCUAUGUGCACGAGGCAUCCACCCUGGUACUGGAGACCGUUGAGAAUGGUGUCAAGCGUCAUUUCGUUGUGCCGCUGGCCAUUGCACAAAGACCUCGCUGGCGACGCAAGGGCACCAAGUUGCACAUCUACAACGAUCACACCUUCAUAGCCAAGCAUUUGAGCGGUAGCGGGCUACAGUGUUCCAUCUGCAUGAAGUCCAUACCUAGGCGACCGGGCAAGCAGGGCUAUGAGUGCCGCGACUGUCAACUGAUCUGCCACAAGCAGUGUCACGUGAGGGCGCCACAGGCGUGUCCCAAUCCGACAGUACUCUCCAUGGAACUAACGAAACUAAACUCGACUGCGGCGGAUCGUAGCAUUAGGAAAUUGUAAAAAAAUCUACAAUACAAUAUGGAAAAAUCGAAUCGAAAUAAUAAUUUUAAAUAGCUUGCAUUCUUAACACUAAGAAAAAACCUCAACAAUAAUGAUGAAAAUGAAAUGAAACUCCCGAACACAGGCAAACAAAAAUACUUGCAUGCAUAUAUGGUAUAUCCAUUUAUGCUAAUGAAUCUACUUAAUAAUAUUUAUAAUUAUGUUAUUUAAUUUAUACACAAGUGCAAUACUAUGCUUUAAAACCAUCUAAGGUUUUAUUGUAAUGCGUCUACAAAACCGAAACUAAUGGAAUUUUGAAUUUAUUUUUUUUUACCGUAAAAUAUAAUAAUUGUACAAAUCCGAAUCAUUUUUGAAUAAAAAAUUACUGGUAAACUGAAAAA